CUGAGAAUUCAACUUAUCUGAAGUAUAUUUGUACUUGGGAAUUUAGGUUUGUAUAAAGGUCGGGUUUAGACCCCAAACCCAAAUCAAACUCCCAUUGUUUUAAAAUGUGUGAUUAGUGGAAAGAUCUUCUAUAACUUCUUUGGUCAGCUAAGUGGAAAAAGUACACCACCAGCUAGUUCCUUAGUCCUGAAGCCUCUGCGGAAAAAAUAGACCACCCGCCGCGGACUCCGGACGCCAGACGCCGCCGUGAGCCAGUUAAGGCAAGAUCCGUGACCUCGUUGUGCGAUGACGAUGAAAUAUUACUCGCCAUCACUCGGAGCAUCGUUGUUCUCGGCAUAUGCCUCCUUUUGCGCCACCUACACUCUGCUACAGCAAGCUUUCUACCAGUUUGUUCCGGCGUCCGUUCGGUAUUACUUCUACAAGCUCUCCAGGCGGUGGUUCGGAGGGAUUUCGAAACCCCGGCCAGACAUCUUCAGCCUUGUCAUCCCCGAGAAGAACGAUAUGAACCGGAACGAGGUCUUUGAUGCCUGCCAAAUUUACUUGUGCAGUAAGAUGAAUGACUCUGCUAAUUGUCUCCAGGUUAGUAAAGCAACAAAUGAGGACACCAUGAGCUUCAAGCUGGUAACAGGAGUGACUUUCUUCGACACCUUUGAGGGAGUAGGUCUUAAUUGGACUCUCAGUAGCACUUCUUCUAAUGAAGAUGGUGGUGGUGAUCCAAGUGACCACAAUAAGAUGAGGAUGCAGAAGCGUCCAAGCCCCUCCCAUGUCCUCGGGACUAUGUAUUUUUCCUUGAGCUUCAACAAGAAGCACAAGAAAAUGAUUUGCGAUUCUUAUUUGCCCUUUGUCGUUUCAACGUCACAAGACAUAACUCGUGAAGGGAGAGUGUUAAGGAUUUUCGACUGUACGAGUGUAUAUGGACAUGGAAUGGGAAGCACGCACUCGAGCGUUAAAAUGACACAUCCGUUCACAUUUGAGAAGCUGGCCAUUGACCCUGAGAUGAAGAAUAUGAUUAUGGAUGACUUGGACCGAUUUGUAAAGAGGAGGGAUUUUUAUAAGAGGGUCGGGAAGCCUUGGAAACGAGGGUACUUGCUCUAUGGCCCUCCUGGAACUGGUAAGUCUAGCUUGAUAGCUGCCAUGGCCAAUCAUCUCAGAUUUGACAUCUAUGAUGUGCAGCUUAGAAGUAUGCUUGGUCGCCGCUCUUCUUUGAGAGACUUGUUAUUGUGGCUACCGAGUCGAUCCAUAGUCAUCAUUGAGGAUAUUGAUCGUACCCAAGGCCUCCCAAAAAUUCGAACCAAGGUUCCACCUGAGGACAGCGAAAGUGACUCUGGUGACUCUGGUUAUGGCAUUGAGGAUGAAAAGAAACACGACGAGAGUGAUCUAGCUUCAUUGUUGAACUUUGUUGAUGGGCUAUGGUCGUGUUGUGGUGACGAGAGGAUCAUCGUGUUAACUACCAAUCACAAGGAGAAGCUCGACCCUGCUUUGUUGCGCCCGGGGCGCAUGGACAUGCACAUUCACAUGUCAUACCUUACCAUGCCCGGCUUUAAGGUUUUGGCUCAGAACUAUCUCGAAAUCUCAAAUGACCACGCCCUAAUCCCCGAGAUAGAGAGGCUAUUGAAGAUGGUGAAUGCGACGCCAGCAGAAGUUGCGGAAGAGCUAUUGAGGAGUGAGGAUGCCGACAUUGCCCUCCUAGGAGUCAUUGAGAUGCUUAAUGGGAAAGUGCCGAAGGCCGAGGUGGCUGCAGUUAUGCCCGUUAAUGGGUCGGGUAUCGACCCGAACCCGUAUAAUACCCGUAAUUUUUUAGCGGGUUAAGGAAUAUAAAAAAUACCGUUUACCUAAACCCGUACCCGUUAUUUUUAAAAAAUAAAAGGUCGGGUAUAGGACGAGUAGUCCCGACCCGUUUAAAACCCGUACCGGUUAAAUAAAUACUACGUAAUAAAUAUUAAAUCCUACAAAACUCUACUACUCUUCUUCACUACUCAUCUUUUUCGCUGGUUGCGUGGCUUCCAAAUCUAUUUGUAUUUAUUUCACCACAUUAGAGGCAUGCACACGUCUGUCUAUGUUAUGUAGUAGUAUAAAAUAAAUAGUUUGGAAUUAGCUGUAAUGUUAUAAGGAACAUUCUUGCAACAUGAAAGAAUGUGACAAGAAGACCGAUUAUGAAUCCAAAAUUUUUAUUGUAGAUUUUUGGUAAAGAAGGCCGAUUUUGGUUGCAAUA